AUGAGCCCCACAUUACGAGGCCCCUUCCUCGCGACGCGCGCCAUCUCGACGACCCCUUUCCCCCGGGCUCUCUACAAGACACGCGAUGGGACCAAAGUAGCCCCUACCAUCCCGGAGAGCCAAGCCGUGGAAAGCGAGUACAGCCCCUCUGAAGAAGAGAUUGAUGCUCUUCGCGUGCAAGAAGAGGAGUCUCCCGACUCUGGGCUUGCCGUCCCCAGACAGUUGGUCGAGACCCCCGCGGAGCGGGAAGCGAAGGCUCUGCACCCCGAGUACGAGCCAGCUCGAUCUCUGCAAGAGCUCGAGACCUUGCCAGGUGUGGAGAAUUGGUGGGAGAAGGAGGAGCACUGGGGACCGGAGAGCCAGUUCAAGGGCUUCGCCCGUACCGGCACGCAGGUCCAGCAGGCGGAGCCCGUCAUUGAAGUGUACCUGAGGCGGGCGCUGGUCGAGGUGCUUGCGCUGAAACAGGCUGGGAAAUGGGACGAGUGGGCGACAAAGGCCUGGCCGAGGCGAGGCGAUGACCAGUUCCGCGCGACGCUGGAGAUGGACAUCACCGAGUCAGGCGAGCUGAAGCAGGAUGCUUCGCACAUUGUCGCGGAGCUCACGAACGAGGAGUUGGAUUCGCCGUCCGAGGGUAUCUCAGAGAGCGAAGGGCAGGAGAUCCUGGCAGAGAGGCAAUGGGGCUCGUCAUGGACCCAGAUCCCCCUCGACGCAGCCACCAAAUUUGCACUUCGUAAACGAGUCUACCAGUUCAGCGGCUACCUGAUCCCCGAUUCCCGCCUCGGCGCCGCGCACAACGUCGGCCAUCUCCUGGCUCUCGGUUGCAAGAAACCCAAGCCUGCCCACCUGGCCUCGAUCCUUGAACAAGAGGGCGCCUACGACGCACUGUCCAACGUCAAGGCGCACGCGCAGAAGAUCAGCUUUGUGGAGAAGGAGAAGAGCAUCGGUCGCUGGAAGGUGAUUGAGGAGGAGCUCAAGGCGCGCGGGCUGCCUGUGCUCGGGGCGAACGACGCCGCACCGAAACACAAGGAGCAGAGGUGGAUCAUUAGCACAUUCCGUAACGUAAAGAGGUAA